AUGUCAGGUAUCAACAUCAACAUUAAUCUGAAUCUAGAGAAGAAAAAAGCUGUCAAAAGCAAAGCAGAAAAAGUCUGCAAUGGAGAACCAAAAAAAAAGAAGAAGAAGAAAUUAAACAAAUCCAAAUAAACAACGAGUUCUCCCAUUCCUUGGGGAUUGAACUAAGAAAGACUCAAGAAUUACAUCUAUGCUCAAGUGGCUAAGAGAGAUGGCCUAUUACAUCAAGAACAAACCAGGAAAAUCAAAAUUGAAGAUCCAAAAUAAGAUCGUAGAGAAAUAUUAGGAGUCUCGUUUUUGAAUCAUCUGCCUAAGAAGAAAAUCUAAUAGAUGAUUCAUAGUAAGUAAAAGAUCAAUGAGGAUGAGGAACAAAUGUUCAAUUAACCAAAAUUCAAUGACUAACAAUUACACGAAAUUCGAAUAUAUAAAGAAUGGAAACGAAGACAAGUCUAAUUUGAAUUGCAAUUCAAAAAAUAACAAGAACUCGAAAAAUAAAUCAAAAUCUAACAAAACCUAUAAAAUUUAAACGAAUUUAUUAAAUAUCGAAAUAAUACAACGUAAGUGAUUCACAGGAAAUCAGUGUCUUUCCAUAAAAAGAAAAGACCUAAAUCAUCCUUGGAUGAAAAGAAAAGAGAAUUAGUUAUUUAGUAUCAAAAUAUAGCCAAUAGAUAUGCUUAAAUCAACGGAGACACUAGAGAUAAUUAAAGUUGUUUUGACCUGGUAUUGGAUAGUGAUUAAGAGGGCAUUUCUUAAAUGGAUUCAAUCCAAAAAAGCACAAAGAGACAAAAUAUUGUUAUUUCAGAGCCAUCCUUAGACGAAGAAGAGGAAUAAUAAAUACAAGAAUUGGGAAACCUAGAAAAGGAAAUGGCUCAAAUUCUCAAGGCAGCAAUAGUUAUUCAAAAAGUUUGGAGAGGGUAUAAGACAAGACAUGUUUUAGAAUAUUAUAAGAACUUUGUUGAUUAGGAAGAAAUGAAUCAAUUACCAUCAAUGAAUUAAGCAUAAUCUUAUUUAGAACCUAUUAGUUAAUCUGUUUAAUUAGAGAAGGAAUAAAGUGGAUUAAAGUCUUCUUAAAAGAGAAAUAUUUCAAAUGGUUUCAACUUUGUUGCUCAUUAAUUGGAUUGGGAUGAGGAUAAAUAAAGUCAUUUCAGUUCAUAAAAGGUAUCAUCUGUUAAGAAGCUGUUUUAAGACAAAUCCCUUCAUAGCAUAAUCAUCUAGAAGUAAAAAUAACAAUGGCAUCUUAUGUUAGAACAGAUCUCAUAACUUUAAAGAAAGGGAUCUAAAUAAAAUAUUAAGGAAGUUCUUCAAGAUUUGAAGACAUUCACUUUGUAAAUUGCAAAAGAUAUUGAUGGAGAAACUAUUAUAGAUAAUACAGAAAAGGAAUCAUAAUAAAAAUCUUUUAAGAUGAGUGAAAUCAGAUAAGCUAUGGGAUCAGAGAAUCUAAUUAAAUUAUCACAGAAUUAGUCUCCUGUGAAUAAAGAUGCUUCCUUAUUUGAGUAGAAUCCAUUUUAUGAUUUUGCAUCAAAAAAAUUUAGAGAACUUCUCAAUCCAGAAAAUAUGAAGAAAUUAAUCAAAAUGAGAGAAACAGCCAUUGAAGAAAGACAUAAGAACGAAUUGAAAAAUAUUCAUGAAGCUUUGCAAUAAAAGUAAAUCAGUUUAAAGACAUUCGAAAAAUAAAAAUUCAAAAUUGAAAAGUGGGUCACAAAAGAAAAAGAUGAGUUUAAAUAGUAGAAAUCUAACAUUGAAAUUGGAUGGAAAGGUCUAUAUGAAUCCUUUAUCAAAACCUAAAAGGAUCUGUUAUUUAUGUCUAAAUUGAAUAAUUAGUAAUUAACGUCUUCCUUCUCAAGUGAAACUAUAAGUAACAUAAGAUUGAUCAGAGAAAUUAAUUCAGGACCUCAAACAAAAAUAGGUAAGACUAAUAAUUUUGAUACUGCCACUAUGAAUUAUAGUUCUCCUAUUUGUGAAUCAUAAAAUAUCAGAAAGGUACCAAAAUCUUCUCCUUCCCCAUCUCCUCCUCAAUACUAAAAAGAAGACAACUAAAAAUUGAUAUAUGAAUAAUUAGAAUGGGAUGAUGAGAUGUUGUAUACCAGCGAUGUUUUAGAUUGUGCAAAAAUACAACCCUCUUAAGUCAUUAAAGUAUCAACCCAUUCUCAAAAUGAACCAGAAUAUGAUGAUUCUCAAAUCUAAUCAUAUUGCAUUUUAAUUGCAAAUUCAAUUAUUGGAAAUGAAAUACAAGAUAUGUAUGAAGAAUUAAUGGUGUUUAAUAAAAAUAUCACAGCAUCAAUAAAAUUACCUGAGUUUAAAGGAAUCAAAUCAAAUAUUUAAUAGGUUAAAACCUAUCUAACUAGAUUAGAAUAAUUUUUAUUAUAAUCCGACUGGAAGGCAGCAUUAAUCCAAAAAAUAAAUACUCCUUUCGGACCCAAUCCUAAGGAGAUUUUGAAAUUUUUCCAUUAUUAUGACGAAGAAGAUGAUUAUUAAUCCAGUGAGUAAGAUUACUCAAAUUAAGCUAUCUUAUCAACAUAAUUAUAUGCAGAAUUUGAAAAUAUACUUAUGGAAGAGGAAAAAAUGUCAUUAGAAGAUGGAUUUUUAUUAGAAUUAGAGCAUAUUCACAAUAAAGUCUUGUAUGAUGCUCUAAACGAAGCUUUGGAUUAUUAUAGACCUUUUGGAUUAAAUGGUUAUCCCUUGCCUUGGAUUAAACAACCUUUAGAGUUGAUAUAGAGAAAUAAGAAGUAGGAAACUCUCUCGUAGAUCUUUUAGGGAGCAAUUGGAUAAGUGACUGAUUGGGCAUCCUGUUUAGUAGGUUUGAUAAUUGAUAAACCAGACUCACCCUUUCCAAAAAUUUUGAUGCUUGAUCAGGAGUACUUAAAUUAGAUUAAAGAGGAGAGAAUGAUAAGAAUGCUUAAUUAAGAAAUCUAUCAAAAUGAAGAGAGAUGGUUGGUGUAUGACGAAGAGCAAUCUGAAAUUUUAGUUGAAAUUUCAUUGAUGGUUUAAGAUUAGUUAAUAGAUGAAUGUUUAAAAGAACUAUUACAGUUGUAAUGA